AAUGUUACACAGAGCAAGGCUCAACGACUAUAUAUUUGAUUUGUACUAGAACUAAUAGUAACACAAAUCACAUUUGCAGCCAUGGAGAAAAGUUUCUAUUACGUUUUACCAUUUCUAGCUAUAAUCCUCAUCCUAACUUCCCAAAAGUGUUGCACAGCCCAACCAUUCACCAACCUCGACACAGAUCAAUCUUCCCUUCUCGAAAUGAAAGCUCACAUCAUUUCAGACCCUUCACUCACAAUCACAACAAAUUGGAGCAAUUCGAGCUCCGUUUGUAGUUGGAUUGGUGUCACGUGUGGCAGUCGCCACCGUAGAGUCACCGCACUAAAUCUUUCCGACAUGGGCCUCUUGGGCAGCAUUCCACCACAGCUAGGAAACCUCACCUUUCUUGUUUCCCUCGAGCUCACACGCAACAAUUUCAGUGGCACUUUGCCUCAAGAGAUGUCUCGCUUGCGCCGCUUGAAAUUUCUUUCAAUCAGAGAGAACAAUUUCAGGGGAGAGAUCCCAUCAUGGCUGCCUUUCUUACCUAAACUUGAGUACUUAUCUCUCAGAAGUAACAGUUUCUCAGGUUUCAUUCCAAAAUCCAUUUCCAACUUAACAAAUCUGUAUCAUCUUGAUUUUUCUUUCAAUUCCCUUGAAGGAAUAAUCCCACCAGAGAUUGGUAGACUUCAAAGACUGCAACUUCUGGCUAUUCAAUCAAAUAAUCUGACAGGCAUUAUACCAUCUGCUAUAUUCAACAUGUCUUCUUUACAGAGAUUAGCUUUCAGAGCAAAUGGAUUGAGUGGCAAUCUUCCAAAUGAUUUGUGUGCAAAUCUUCCAUUUAUUCAAGGGAUUUAUCUUGCUAUAAAUCAAUUGAGCGGCCUGAUUCCAUCAAAUCUAUCUCAAUGCUCACAACUUCAAUUGUUGUCGUUGGAUAUCAAUUCUUUUAGUGGACAGAUACCCGCAGCCAUUGGCGACUUAAAAUCUCUACAAGUUCUACAGCUUUCAAGAAACCAAUUAACUGGCACAUUGCCCCUCAGUAUCUUCAAUAUCUCUUCUUUGCAAAUAUUGGACCUAUCGAGAAAUAAUCUCUAUGGAAACCUUUCAAAAGACGUCGGGAAUCUUACAAUGCUAACAGACUUGUAUCUCGCGGUGAACAAUUUCACAGGUGUUCUGCCAAGAGAAAUUGGCCAACGUCUUCAGCACCUUGAAAGACUUCAAUUAGCGACUAAUUUGUUCAGUGGUUCAUUACCACCUGAGAUUUUUAACAUCUCAACCCUUCAACUUCUUGUAGUUACACAGAAUGAUCUGUCAGGUUCUCUUCCAACCAAUUUAUGUAGCGGCUUACCUUUUCUUGAGGUACUUUACCUUGGUGGUAAUCAUUUCAGCGGAAUAAUACCUGAAUCCAUUUCCAACUGUUCUCAACUCAAACAGCUCGAUAUCGGCAGUAACAAAUUCACUGGCCUUGUACCUCACUCUCUUGGAAGCCUUAAAUUCCUUCAAAUAUUGAAUCUCCCAGAAAACAAUCUAACAUUUGGAUCAUCUUCUGAAGUGAGCUUCAUUACUUCAUUGACAAAUUGUAGAUCGUUGGAGGUUUUCGGAAUUAAUGGUAAUCCUCUUGAUGCCACUCUUCCAUCUUCCACUGGGAACUUAUCUUCCCACCUCCAGCAAUUCAUCGCAUUCGACUGCGGAUUAAAGGGAAGAAUUCCAGCUGAAAUAGGCAAUUUGACCAGCUUGGUUAGACUCGAUUUAUACGGCAAUGACCUAUUUGGUAAUAUUCCAUUAACUGUGAAGCAUUUGAUCAAACUGCAGGGAUUAGAUCUAGCAAACAACAACAUCACAGGUAUCAUUCCAGAUGAUCUGUGUGAUUUACACAGCUUAUCUGAAUUGAGUUUGAGUGGAAAUCAAUUGUCGGGUGCAAUUCCAAAAUGUUUAGGAGAUGUCACAUCUUUACGCCAUCUUUUUCUAAACUCGAACAUGUUAACUUCAACCAUACCAUCAGGCUUGUGGCACUUAAAAGACUUGUUGAGCCUAGACUUAUCCACUAACUCAUUGAUCAGAUUUUUACCUCCAGAGUUUGGUAAUUUAGCUGCAGCAAUUUAUAUAAAUAUAUCAAUGAAUCAAUUGUCAGAGUCUAUCCCAACCACCAUUGGUAGUUUGCAAAAUUUGGUCACACUUUAUCUGUCGCAUAAUAGACUUCAAGGUUCAAUCCCAGUGUCCAUUGGGACUAUUACCAGUUUGCAAACUUUAGACUUCUCCUACAAUAACCUCUCUGGUUCAGUGCCGAAAUCUAUGGUCGCACUUCAACACCUCGACAACUUAAAUGUCUCUUUCAAUGCUCUAAGUGGAGAAAUUCCUAGUGGUGGCCCUUUUUUGAACUUCACAAUGGAGUCCUUUAAGGGUAAUAAAGCACUGUGUGGAAUUCCAAGGUUCGAUGUUCCACCUUGUCCAGUAGUAGACAAUCACAGAUCAAAGUUGAAGAAGGUAAAGUUCAUUUUAUUCAUUCUCGGUGGGAUUGCAGUUUUCGCAACAAUUAUGUGCUUCAGUUUUAUAUUCCUCAGAUACAAAAGGAAAGUUAAAGCAAUUGAUGCAAUCUUGUCGAUUGCACCAGAAAGAAUUUCAUAUUAUGAACUCUCACGAGCAACUCAACAAUUCAAUGAGAGCAAUUUACUAGGCACGGGAAGUUUUGGUUCUGUAUAUAGAGGAAUUCUUGAAAAUGGAAAUGAUAUCGCUGUAAAGGUGUUUAAAUUGCAAUCGGAAGCAGCUUUCAAGAGCUUUGAUGUUGAAUGUGAAGUUUUUCGCAAUAUACGUCAUAGAAAUCUGACGAAGGUCAUAAGUAGUUGCUCCAAUGAAGAAUUCAAAGCUUUGGUACUUGAAUACAUGCCAAAGGGAAACCUUGAGAAAUGGUUGUACACACACAACUAUUGCUUGGAUUUCAUACAAAGGAUGAACAUAAUGAUUGAUGUGGGCUCGGCAUUGGAAUAUCUUCACCAUGGCUAUUCUACUUCAAUUGUUCAUUGUGACUUGAAGCCUAGUAAUGUAUUGUUAGAUGAAGAAAUGGUUGCUCAUGUGAGUGAUUUUGGUAUAUCAAAACUAUUGGGUGAUGGGGAGAGUGUCGUCAUAACAAACACUCUGGCAACUUUAGGUUAUAUUGCUCCAGAGUAUGGUUUAGAAGGCCUAGUCUCCACAAGGUGCGAUGUGUAUAGUUAUGGCGUGUUGUUGAUGGAAACCUUUUCGAGAAAAAAACCCAGUGACGAUAUGUUUGCUGGAGACCUAAGCUUGAAGGUUUGGAUUGCAAGUGCAGUUCCACAAUCUACACAUCAAGUUAUAGAUGCCAACUUACUUUUGAAUGUUAACGAAGAGCAUGGCGACAAAAUUAUCAAAUUCACAUCAUUCAUAUUGGAGUUGGCUGUAAAGUGUUGUGCAUAUUCCCCUAAUGACAGAAUUACCAUGAAAGAAACUCUAGUGGAGUUGCAGAAAAUCGUACGUCGAUUUCUGGAUGAAGCCUGAAUUAGUAUUGUGUUCGAUCAUAUGUGUAAAGUGAUUCAAUAUCUUUAAGUUUACUUGAAGAAUUAUGUGCAUUUGCACGUACAAAGAAUGACUCUAUGAGUUUUGCUAUGUAUAAUGCAAUUUUAUACAUUAAUAUGAUUAGUGUGGAUAAAUGACAUGUAUAUGAA